CUCGCAAUAGAGAUUCAAUCAAUUUGUAUAUUUGAUUCUUUUCAAAUGAUAUCUCCAUAAAACUGAACCAAUCUUCAGUAUUCGCCAACAUUCUCUGAACAAAAGAUCUAAACGAGUUCGUUCAUGUAGUGAAACUUUCUCUUGAACUUGUUUGCACAAGUGAUAUCUCCUCUGUUCUUACAUAAUCUAGCAAAGGGCUGAUCGUUUUUUUUGGUUAUUGGCCGGAAAAUAAAAAUGUAUCUGGUGGAGAGCAAAGGAGGUGCCAUAGCUUGUAUGCUAUUAGCCUUACUAUCUUUAGGGACUUGGCCAGCAAUACUUACACUUUUAGAGAGACGUGGUCGUCUUCCUCAACACACUUAUCUUGAUUACUCCAUCACAAACUUGUUGGCCGCCAUUAUUAUAGCUUUCACCUUUGGUCAAAUCGGAUCUACAAAACCGGAUAGCCCCAAUUUCAUCACUCAGCUUUCUCAAAAUAAUUGGCCAUCUGUCAUGUUUGCAAUGGCGGGUGGGAUCGUGCUUAGCCUCGGGAACCUAGCAACUCAAUACGCGUGGGCUUUAGUAGGCUUAUCGGUUACAGAAGUCAUUAGCUCAAGCAUCACUGUGGUUAUAGGCUCAACAUUAAACUAUUUCUUGGAUGAUAAAAUCAAUAGAGCUGAGAUACUUUUCCCCGGUGUGGCCUGUUUCUUGAUCGCUGUUUUUCUUGGAUCAGCAGUUCAUAGAUCCAAUGCAAACGAUAACAAGGCUAAGCUAAGAGACUUUGAAAUUGCUAAUCAAGAAGCUUCAGGUCCAUCUACUGAAACAGAGAUCAAGUCAAGAAAAGACAUAGAGAGUAAUAUUAGUGGUAGAAUAUCCACAAAACCUAAAGAAGGGACUGCAAGUUUUCUUAUUGAGCUUGAGAACAAAAGAGCCAUAAAGGUAUUCGGGAAAAGCAAGAUAAUCGGACUAGCGAUCACUUUCUUCUCCGGUCUUUGCUUCUCCCUCUUCUCACCAGCGUUUAACUUAGCCACAAAUGAUCAGUGGCACACGUUGAAACAAAGUGUUCCAAAACUAGUCGUCUACACAGCAUUUUUCUACUUCUCUGUUUCUUGCUUCAUCAUCGCGAUGAUACUCAACAUCGGUUUACUCUAUCACCCUGUUCUUGGUCUUCCAAAAUCAUCUUUUAAAGCUUACUUAAAUGACUGGAAUGGCCGUGGUUGGGCCUUACUAGCCGGUCUUCUCUGCGGUUUUGGUAACGGUCUUCAGUUUAUGGGCGGUCAAGCCGCAGGUUACGCCGCUGCUGAUUCUGUUCAGGCGCUUCCUCUUCUGUCGGAGUUCUCAUGGCUUCCUCUGGUCACCGAAAUCCCUUACGAGGACUCAUGGGACUCGCUCAAAUGGGUGUUUUCUCAUAUCGAUGGAACCGGACCGGAGAACUGGAUAAACAAACACGGCGAUUUCAGGAAAGUGUUCCUCGCCGGAGAUAGCGCCGGCGCAAACAUCGCGCAUCACCUAGCGGUUCGAGCGAAGAAGGAGAAGCUGGACUCGCUGAUCUCCGGGAUCAUCUUGGUUCAUCCGUAUUUCUGGGGGAAAACUCCGGUUGACGAGUUUGAGACGAGAGACGAGACGAGGAGGCAAAGGAUCGAGAGGAGCUGGGGAGUCGCGAGCCCGAACAGCGAAGACGGAGUGGAUGAUCCGUGGAUCAACGUGGUCGGGUCGGAUCUAUCCGGGUUGGGUUGCGGACGGGUUCUGGUGAUGGUAGCCGGAGAUGACGGGUUUGUGAGGCAAGGACUGUGUUACGCGGCGAAGCUGGAGAAGAGCGGGUGGGGAGGAGAAGUUGAGGUGAUGGAGAUUGAAGAGAGAAAGAGAGAGAUGUACAUGAUUGAGAGCAAAGCCGGAGCAAUCACUUGCAUGCUCUUGGCUCUGCUCUUCUUAGGGACAUGGCCAGCGAUCAUGACUCUAACCGAGAGACGCGGUCGACUUCCUCAACACACUUAUCUUGACUACACAAUCACAAACCUGUUAGCUGCAGUGAUCAUAGCGUUCACACUAGGCCAAAUAGGUCCAAGCAGACCAAAUUUCAUCACACAGCUUUCUCAAGAUAAUUGGCAAUCUGUGAUGUUUGCAAUGGCUGGAGGAAUAGUGCUUAGCCUUGGAAACUUAGCAACACAAUAUGCGUGGGCCUUUGUUGGUUUAUCUGUCACUGAAGUCAUCACUGCUAGUAUCACCGUUGUUAUAGGCACAACUUUGAACUAUUUCUUGGAUGAUAGAAUCAACAGAGCUGAGGUUCUUUUCCCCGGCGUGGCUUGUUUCUUGAUCGCUGUUUGUUUCGGCUCUGCUGUUCAUAAAUCAAAUGCAGAUGAUAACAAAUUCAAACUCCAAGAUUUCAAAAGUUUAGAGACUACUUCUUCCUUUCAAAUAGAGACAAAUCCUGGAAACAGCGGGUUAUCGAAAGGGAAAGCGAAAGAAGGGACUGCAGCUUUUCUUAUAGAGCUUGAGAAACAAAGAGCUAUAAAGGUCUUUGGGAAAAGCACAAUAAUUGGGCUGGCGAUAACUUUCUUUGCCGGUAUCUGUUUCUCUCUGUUCUCACCUGCAUUCAACUUAGCGACAAACGACCAAUGGCACACUUUGAAACAUGGGGUUCCUAAACUCAAUGUCUACACUGCUUUCUUCUACUUCUCAGUCUCUGCAUUUGUACUUGCUAUGAUACUUAACAUUAGGUUUCUCUAUUGGCCAAUACUUGGUCUCCCAAGAUCUUCUUUCAAGGCUUACGUAAACGACUGGAACGGUCGAGGAUGGUCUUUCUUGGCUGGAUUUCUCUGUGGAUUUGGUAAUGGUCUUCAGUUUAUGGGUGGUCAAGCUGCUGGCUAUGCUGCUGCAGAUGCUGUUCAGGCACUUCCACUUGUGAGCACGUUUUGGGGGAUAUUGCUGUUUGGAGAAUACAGGAGAUCAUCUAAAAGAACAUAUAUACUUCUGACAAGUAUGCUGUUUAUGUUCAUAGUUGCUGUGGCGGUUCUUAUGGCCUCCUCGGGACAUAGAAAAUGACUUGAAAAGGAAAUUCACAGGAACAUCUACAAGCUAAAAGGAUCGCAAUUUUUUUAUAGUUGAUAAAAACUUGUCAGAUACCACAAGGAGGCCAUCUUUUGAAACGGUUCUUGAGAGGAUGAGGAAGAGCCUUGAAGAAAGAGUGAGUAUAGUUCACUCAUGGUUGCAACAUGUUCACGCCUUUGGUUACAGUGUCAAAUAUUUUCUUUGCUGGUUUUCGUCUUAUGGGUUUGGUUACAAUCUGAAUCGUGUCAUUGUUUACACAUCAGAGAAAGAAACAGUAGUUUAUAGACAAACUAGCACCUGAAAAGUAUUUAAUACUGUAAUUUUCUUUUUAUUUGAACUGAAUUUAUAUUUUUUUCUAUGAAAAUUCAGUUGUCGAUGAUAAAAAAAAUAUUCCUUUAAAC